AUGAGGCACCACGCAUCAUCGCGCUAUCUUGCGCUUUUGGGGGUGGUUGUUCGUUUUGUAGCCGCAGCUACUACCGUCACCUCCACGGCCCUGAUUAUCGCAGCCAACGACAAUGAUGUUGCAAAAGCAAGCCUUGGCCUAGACGCGUAUGGGAUCCCUUGGGCCAAGGCACUUAUUCCUCAGAGCGGCGGAUCGCUGCCCGCCUUGAACUCGACUGUUACCGAUGGCAACUAUGGCAGCAUCGUCGUUUUGGACAGUGUUGCCUACGACUAUAAUGGAACGUACCGCAGCGCCCUGACGACUGAUCAAUGGAACCAACUCUACGCUUAUCAGUCGGCCUUUCAAGUGCGCAUGGUUCGACUUGAGGAGUUUCCUGGCCCGGAUUUCGAAUCUGUUGCGGCCGUCAUCAACAAGAUCGGCGGCCGCGAACAGAUGGCAUGGUUCCUUGACUUUGCCCCCGACUGGUCUGCAACGUCCAGCUACCUACAGCACACUUAUAUCCACUGGAUGACUCGCAGUCUGUUUGUUGGCAAACGCAAGGUCUAUCUAAACACCCAAGUCGACGACAUCCACCUCGAGACAGAUAUGUAUCUGCCCGUCAACACCACGUUUAAGCUUCGACCGGAAGACCUCGACGCCCAUGUCACUUGGCAGAAGAGCUUAAACAGCCGCCUACCUGCUGGCUCCGAUUACCGGAUGGAGCUCGGUCACAACGGCAAUGGUGAUAUCGACUCGGCCGUUGGCGAGGAUGCCUCAACUCCGAGAAAGUGCAACCCCAAUAGAGCCGUUGAUUAUGUCCAACCACCCGACCCCCCUCUCGAGUUUGUCAAGCCUCCUGGAACGGGAGUCGAUCUGUGGCCCUCGAGCUUUGUAACAUAUAAUUGGUCCAAGGACUGCGCUAGCCUGGAUCCCUUGGCUGCGUGGUUCCUCACCCCGACGAAUCUUGAUUCGUUUGCCCAUGUUUCUCAUACCUUCUCCCACGAGGAACUCGACAACUCCACCUAUCACGACGCCACUCGCGAGAUCUCAUUCAACCAAGCUUGGCUGGCUCAGAUGGGCAUCUCACAGGCAGAGAGAUUCUCGCCCCAGGGCCUGAUCCCCCCGGCUAUUACUGGCCUACACAACGCGGACGCCAUUCAGGCAUGGGUGGCCAACGGGAUCAAGUACGCCGUGGGCGAUAAUACCCGGCCCAUCUUGGUCAAUCAGCAGAACCAGUACUGGCCCCUUGCCUCCACCGUGGCCGUCAAUGGCGCCACGGGCAUCUGGAUCAUUCCCCGUUGGGCCACCACCAUCUACUACAACUGCUAUUCGUCUGACUGCACUCUGCAGGAGUGGAAAGACACCUCGGCGGGCUCUGGAACCUUUGAGAGUUUGCUAGACAACGCCCGCACGACGAAUAGCCGCUAUCUCCUGCGUCUCCAGGCCGACCCUUAUAUGUUUCACCAAGCCAAUUUACGUCAGACCGACAUGCCGUCCAUCACUGUCGGGUCCCAGACUGGCAAAAUGUCCUUGAUCAUGUCUUGGGUCGAAACAGUUGCUCAAGAGAUGGUCCGUCUGACCAACUGGCCUAUUACCUCCCUGAGGCACGACGACAUUGCGACGUACUUUAUCAAUCGUAUGACCCUGGAUGCAUGCCAGCCGCAUGCAAGCUACACUUAUUCCGCAGACGGCACUUCUAUCACGGCCAUGACUGUCUCCGCCAAUAAUACGGCUUGCAGCGUUCCCGUUCCCGUAACGAUCCCAAGUGGUACCGUCUCCGCCAGCGGCGGCUCUCCAACGAGCGACAAUCUGGGAAAUGAGCCUCCGAUCGUUUGGGUUACAUUGUCUGGAUCGCCCGUGACGCUGACCUUGAGCACGCCAGUCAAGCUGGGUUGA